AUGAAAGUGCGCCUCCACGCGACCACCGCAUAUUCUCGGCCGGGUGUGAUUCUGUUCCUCGUACACGUGCUCUUCUUUCAAUUUCCUGGAGUCUCGUUAUGUUCGACGAGACCUGAAAGUCUUGAAUUUGAAACUCCGAAACUACCGCGACAAACCGCAUCGUCUUGGGCAGCCAGCGUUGCGACAGUCAUAGGAACACAGGCGGGCGACUGCGCACACGACAGACUGGCCAUGUCCGACUCUGUCGAUCGAGUCUUCGGACAUGCACUCAACACAGUCAAGAGAAUAAAGCCAGGGACACACAAGCCGCCGCCGGCUGCGCGAUUAGCCCUCUAUGGACUCUACAAACAGGCAAUGGAGGGCGAUGUUGCGCUCACUGCCGACCCACCUUCGGCGCAAUCAGGUAGUCAAGAUGUGAAGCGGGAUCAGGAGAAAUACGAUGCAUGGAAAGCCAAUGAGGGACUCAGUCGGACGGAAGCGAAGCGGAGAUAUAUUGAAACCUUGAUUGAGACUAUGCACAAAUAUGCCUCGACCAAGGCUGAAGCGCGCGAAUUGGUGGUAGAAUUGGAGUUCGUCUGGGAUCAGAUCAAAAACAACUCUCAACACUCCAGCUCGGAACACAGCAGCCCUGGCAGGAAUUUCGACAGGCAAGAGUAUGUGGAAGAGGACAAUGGUGGCGGCAUCACUGCAUCUACAGCUGCGCUCGACCGUACCCGGGCUAAGAAAAUGGCUGUCUUGUCGCCUGUGUCUCUCGCUGAUGAGGACGAAGCGGGCGAGGAAGGCGCCGAGGAAUUCGUCGAUGCACCGAUCUCGCAAGUCGACGAUGGAGACCUCAACAACCAGUCCGAGUCUGGUCGAGAAGUUAGCCGAUUCUCACUCCGACGACCGUCAUCAGCAGGUGGCCCCACGGAUAAUCGGUGGCGCAAGCGAAUCGAGUCCAGCCUGAUGAAACUCACGAUGGAGGUCGCCGCAUUACGGGAACAACUCGAGACGAGCAAAUAUCUUCGGACACGCCGCAAGGAUGCCUGGGUGGGCUGGGUCGUCCGCGCUGGAUGGUGGACAUUACAGUUCCUUGCUGCGGAUGCGCUUAUACUCUGGAUCGUGAUUCUGUACCUUCGAAGGAAAGACGAUAGGAGACUGGAAGGUGCUAUCCGAGUGCUGCUGGGGGAUGCAGUAGCUCAGGUCCAGAAUCUUGGAAGAGACGUCAAGAUGCCUGCUUUACCGAAGAUCAGGAAGGCGAAGGAGUAA